AUGGCCCCCCUGGCUCAGAUCCUGGCACUGCUGGCAAUGGCCAUGGCCACCACUGCUGUCGAUGUGUUCCCCCUGGACAUGGCCCCGGACUCCUUCGAUGACCAAUACCGGGACUGUGGCCCUGCCAUGAAGGCGGCAUUGCCGGCCCUCAACAGCUCUGAGUUUGAGCAGAACAAGGAGUUUGCUGAGGUUUGGGUAAAGGCUGCAGCCAAGUGGCAGAAUCAGGGCCCCCCUGUGUCCCCUCUGUCCCCAGAGCAGGCCACCGCCAUCAUGGCCUUCUCAAUGACUGACUCCAGAAAAUUCAAUGAUGCCCUGCGCGUGGUCGGGCAUUCCCGCCAGGAAUACCUAGACAAUUUCCACUUCAAAACGUUGCAUUUCCUGCUGACUGACGCCCUGUCCACUCUCAGGGAUGCUCAGAAAGGGCAGUGUCGGGACGCGUUCCUGAAGGUGUGUGACACCCGGUUCGAGGCACAGCGUGGCGACACCAUCCGUUUCGGUCUAUUCAUGCCGGUGUUCCUGAGCAAACAAAUUGGCGAGUGCUCUGGUGAGACAAUGCUCGAGCUGCGCACAUGCCAUGGCGUGGAAAUCCAGUUUUUCAGCGAAUAUCCAGAACCUGCAAUCGUGCUGAUCCCACCAUUUGAGACCUUCAAGGUCACCCAAUACAUCCAGCAAGGGGACAAGACACAGAUCCAGCUCCAGUCCACCGGGACCUACAGCAAAUACAACUGCGAGUGGCUGCGAGGUGACACUACAGGGGACAACCUGGGGGAUGGGGACAGUCAUGAUAAGGCACAGGGGAUAAUAACCCUCAGUGGGGAUGAGGGACAGAGACACCCAGAGUUAGAGUGUCCGCAGGGCUCCUUUCCACCUUGGAGGACUCCUCCUGGCCACCCCAGCCUUGGCAGUGGCCACCAAGAUCCUCUGAGCAAUGAGGCCAUCAAGGUCACCAAGGUCACUGUGGUCACUGUGGUGACUGUGGCCACCAUGAUCACCAACACUCCCUCAGCCACAAGGCUACCAUAG